CAUAAAGUAUAGAAAGCUUGACACCAGUAUGCGCCAAUUAUUUGAUAGAGACUACUCUUAACAGAUGUUGUUGACAUCGGAUUACAGUUAUCAUUAUCAAAUCAUGAUAAUAUGUAACCAUUAAGUGUUGAGAUCAUUUUUUUUUCUUAUUAUUCAAGUUUAUGGCAUAGCGCGGUAAAAUGCCCAGUUUCGAAUUUGACGCGUGUGACGUUAUAAAAUACCAGUCGAGUCGCAUAACCUCCUGGUUGGCCGAUCGGUUUCUAGUUUCUCCUAACCGGCGCAGAGGGAUCCCCUCCCGUUUGCGCAGUAAUACAUCAGCCAUCUUUGUCAAGUGGUAACCUUUGUUGAUUUGUGAAAUGUGACGCUGUUUUAUUAAAUAAUUAGUGUUUGUGAUAUCGUGCUUAUAAAGUUACAGUGAAUCAAUAACUAUUGGAUUACACAUGGACCGUAUGUGACAGCGUGCAGAGAGAAGAGUGCGCGGUGAUCACGUUACUAAUCAAAUCGACGGGCCAACGUCGUCGUCAUCGUCGUCGAAGUUGAGCAGGUCGUUCGAGGUGGGACUCGCGAAACAGAAUGUGAAAUGUGAAUGUUAUUGAGUGAAUGCGGGACCCUGACUCGAGAGUCGAGUCAAGUGAUUCGCGAGGCAUUCGCGACUCACAAUCAGUUCAGAGAUGGGGGAGACCGAGUCCGCUGACACUUGGUCGGCGUGGUUUCUGGACGCAAUACGGAAAAUUCGAAGCCAGAAACAGCGGCCAAGUGUCGAGCGGAUUUGUCACGCUAUACGCCAGCACCACAAUUACCACGAAGAAGAAAUUGGCGAACACCUUGAGGUCGCGGUUAAACGCGGCGAUGUCCUCAAGGUGUUUAACAAGGGACAAUCCUCGUACAAAGAUCCGGGUGGUCUGCAGUCGAGACCUCUCAAGGUUUCAAAGUCGACGGACCUCAGCAAGGUCUUCGGAAAGGCGGUACGCGAACUUGGAGAACGGGAAGGCUCGACCCUGAAGAACAUCGAAAAGUACAUCAGGCAGAGCCACACCGUCGAAGAAGAUGGAGACGGAGAUCUUAGAACGGCUCUGAGAUUGUCGGCAAAACGUGCCGUUGACCGGGGCUUCGUCUUGCAGGACGGGAGGCUGUUCCGGCAACCGGACAGACCGCCGAACACGGGGAAAAGACUCAGCGAAUCAGCAGCGCACAAUUCCUCAUCGGAUUCGAGUCCGACAAAACCCCCAGCACCUCUGCCAAUCUGUAAAGAAUGUCUGGGAACUACGACAGCUGGAAACAACAACAACAGUAAACGUAAUGCCGCAGAGAAGUUGAGCAGAUGUAGUGUAUGUGGUGCAGCGCUUCACAAUUCGUGUGCUCCCUCAGAACUGUCUAUUCUUGUGGACAGAGGUACGACGUGGUGCUGUGAUGAUUGUUCUCCUACAUGUGCUGGCUGCAAAUUGGAACAAGAGUCUCAGAAUUACUUAGUGAAAUGUGCUGGGUGCAUCAAGUGCUAUCACCCAACGUGUUUAGAGCCUGCUUUGGACAAAAAAAAUAAAGCGCCCUGGAGGUGUCGACAUUGCCAAACCGCGCACGCACCUAAUGCACCAAAAGAAGACAGUAAAAAACAUAAAACACAGGACACAUCUACUCCUGGAUCAGGGACACCUACGAGUACAAGGAAAAAACUCAGCAAGAUCCGUGAGAAUAGAAAAUUAGGAGUGUCACGGAAGAGCUUGGCAAGUGCGACACCAGCGAAGAAGAAUACUACGGUUGCAGCUCUGGUGGAGAGCUGCUCGGACGGUAAUGCGGGUGUUGUCUCUCCCUGUCAACCAACCCAAAAUCCUUCUCCAUUACCACAACCCCCCACCCCACUCGCAGGCCAGGGUAGGCUGCUUGAAGAAAAGAACGACAGGAUCUCUAAAGAGAAGCAAAAGUUCUUUAGAUCAAGCGCGUUCAAUGCGGAUCACAAUAAGCUGAAGCGGGUGGGGGGCGGUGAUAAGUCUAGGUCCUCUCAAAGUCUAAGUCCUAAAUCAUCUCAAAGCAACGUUGCCCCUAAAAAAGUCACUCCUCAUAGAAGGGUGCCACCAGUGUCUAGCAGCAGCGGCAGCGAGGUUAGCGAAAGCGAUAGUUCUGACGAUACAGAUAGUUCGGAUGACCAGGAUAACGACGAUGCCGAAGGUAGUACGAGUAGUUCGAGUGAAUCUAGCAAUUCAUCUUCCUCGGAAGAUGAGGAGGAAGAACAAGAAGAACCCCCUAAAUCGUCAGGGCCCUUCUCUUGCGAUCUGAACGAGGAUAAACCUUGGGGCUUUGCUGCAGCUGCUGCUAAACUAAAUGUAGAAUCACCAUUCUUUAGCAACAUCACAAAUACCUUUGGCGCGUCACUGCCCAAACUCGAUUUGAGUAGUAAGCCUACUUUUGGAUUGAAUAUACAACCAGCUGCAAGUCCCUUGGAAAGCAAAAAGAAACAAAAAACUAGCCAUGAAAAUUCUAGUUUUGCUGCAUCCGACAGUAAAAUCAAACCGGGUGUAAGUCAAUUGAAGGGUCUGUUUGAUGGUCUUAGCCACUUCUUUUCAGCACCGACAAAUAGUAGGGCACGAUCGGGUGCUCAGGCUCCAAAUUAUGCGCCUGAUAGAAGAAAAAGACCUAUUACCGAAGAGCGAACCAUGGUCAAUGUCAAAUCGACUAAAAUUUCAAAAGGGAGCCAGAAAUGUAAGCAUGAUGAGCCAACAGCAAAUGUCGGCAAAACUGAAAAGAGAAAGACUGAAAAGGUGGCAGAAACCCUUAGAGUACCUAGACCUGGUAUAUUUACACCUUCUGACGAAAGCUGCUUUCGGUCGGAUUCGCAAGAUUCACAAGACUCACAAGAUUUUCAAAAACCGCUUAAAAUGACACCCUCGAAUUUAGUGAAAACUGCAGUUAAUAGCAAGCGACACGAACAAGAUAGGAAGAAACUAUUGAAAGGUGUCGAUGAGUCACGAUACGUAAAAUAUGGGGACAUGGUAUCACCUUGUUCAUCACCCUCCGGGUUAACCAGGAACGAGCAGCACUCUCGAAAGAAACAACUGAUUACGGAGGCCACCCAGACUCGCCACCCUGAGCCCGCUAUCUUGAAACAUACCCCAGGCAGCAAUCCUAGCCCAAAAUCAAAUCCAAAACCCAACCUUCGAGCCUGUACUAGCGCCACCACCACCAACACCACCACGACACCCCGCGCGACACCCUGCUCCACCAAGACGGAUGAACCUAUCACAAUUCAGACACUACCCCCUGGUGUUACACAAAAAGAUGUGGAUCUGUUCAAAGAGGCUAGAGAACGAGCUAACACUUUGACUGUGACAUCUGAUGAAACUACCGAAUUAUUAGUGAGUCCUGGUGGUACAGGACCUGGAGCUGGUAGCCGCAAUCCUGCAGCAAUCGUUUUUGGUAGAUAUGAAGUAGAAACCUGGUAUUCCAGUCCAUUUCCUCAAGAAUAUGCAAGAUUACCAAAGCUAUUCUUCUGUGAAUUCUGCUUGAAAUAUACGAAAAGUAGGGCAGUACUAGAUAGGCAUAUGGACAAAUGCCAAUGGAGACACCCACCUGCUACUGAAAUCUACCGAUGUAAUGGCUUAUCUGUAUUUGAGAUCGACGGUAACGUUAACAAAAUCUACUGUCAAAAUCUAUGUCUACUGGCCAAGCUAUUUCUAGACCAUAAGACGCUCUAUUAUGAUGUUGAACCAUUUCUAUUUUAUGCAGUCACAAAGAAUGACAAGUACGGUUGUCAUUUAGUAGGAUAUUUCAGCAAGGAGAAGCAUUGUCCGGCGCAAAGGUACAAUGUUUCAUGUAUAAUGACUCUACCCCAGUAUCAGAGACAAGGAUUUGGCCGAUUUCUAAUCGAGUUUAGUUACCUUUUAUCUAAAGUGGAGGGCAUUCCUGGUACACCUGAGAAACCAUUAUCCGAUUUGGGAAGGGUAUCUUAUCAUUCUUUUUGGAAGAGCGUUGUGUUAGAAUAUUUAGAUUCGCACAGAGAGAAUAAAGAUAUUAAAUUAGGUGAUAUCACAAAAGAAACUGGAGUUUCAGCUCAUGAUAUUGCCAUGGCAAUGCAGCUUCUUGGUUUUAUUAGAUCAGUUCAUGCACCAAAAGAGGAUAAACCAAAGGUUGUGAUAGCAGUUGAUUGGCAUAAGGUUGAUGUGCAUAUGGCCAAGGUCCGCAAAAGUUCGCGAAUAAGUUUGGAUCCAGAAUGCUUAAGGUGGAUUCCACUACUCAGUCAAAUUCCUAACCCAUACCAAAGUCCUGAAGAAGGUGGAGAAACUGGUUCAGAAGGUUCACCAAUACUGGAGCAUAAGCCUAUGCCAACCAUUGUGGAAAAAAUUCAGAGGGUGAAGAUAAAGAAAAAACCAAGAGGCAGGAAAUCUGGCCAUCGGAAAUCGUCUCCUCUGAAACCAAAGUCGCCCCAGAAAGCAUCUCAUCAAAAAGUGAAAGAUAAGGACAAAAUUUUAGCAAAAGACAAUCGGAAGGUUAUUGAAUCUGAAAAUCUCAAGACCAAUAUGGAAGUGGAUAGUAAAGAAAUUACCGCGACACCAAAUAGUACCAAGAAUUUCACUGCAGUGAAAACUACUCCCGUAACUAGUACCCCUAAGAUUACCCCGAUAUCAACGUCCAGAAGACGGAUCAGAACCUCUAAAACUGUUGUAGUUGACACCCCAGUUUCAACUCCUUCGAGAAAACGAAAACAUUCCGAAAAGACUGAACCUGAAGAAAAAGAAGAAAAGCUUGUGAGUAUUAGAAAACGAACUCGCGAAUCGAUCAGAGAAAAAGAAAAGGAGAAAGAAAAGGAAAAUGAAAAGGAAAAGGAAAAGGAAAAAGAGAAGGAGAAAGAAAAGGAGAAAGAAAGGGAAAAAGAAAAGGAAAAAGAAAAGGAAAAGGAAAGGGAACAGGAAAGAGAAAGAGAAAGACAAAAAGAAAAAGAAAGGGAAAGAAUGAGGGAAAUGGAAAUGGAAAAGGAGAAACAGAAGGAGAAAGAGAAAGCAAAAGAAAAGGAAAAGGAAACGGAAAAGCAACUUUUCCUAGAGGAGGAAACUAUCUCAGAAGCUCCGAAAAGUCCUCCCAAAUCCAUGACUCCACCUUCUCCUGUACCUACUACAAGGCCUACGAAGAAACAAAGUAAAUUGGAUGACAUCCUAUUGAAGGUGACUAGUAGGCAAACAAAAAAUCUCCAAGCAAAGCAAGCCAGAGAAAGAAAGGCUCUGGAAGACGCCCAGUGUAAUGGAAAAGAAGAGAUCAAAGAUUUGAAAUGCCCACCAUUGUCAAGGCGUAGUAGAGCCAAGGCUCCAUCAGCUGAAACUCUAAAGAUGCCAGAGUUGAAACCUGAGGCACCCACUAAGGGUAGAACAGAAAGCCCUGUAGUCCCACCUCCUUCUUUAUCACCUCCUCCCGAAGAAGUACAAACUAGGACAACCAGUAAACAAAUGACAAUUCCUGAAAUGUUCCCAUCGAGACCAACCAUCACAAAGGAUGAUAAAAGAGAUCAGAUUGAGACACCAAUAGUUACAGAUCAGACAGAAAGUGAAAUACCGACCGGAAGUCCAGGUGAAUAUGAAGGGGGCGACGAAGAUGAGGGGGAAGAGGAAGAACCUCCUCCAAAGCCAAAAACGAUUCUGCAACAACCUCCUCUGACACCACCAAGUCCAGUGAAAGAAAAAAUCGACAAGCCUGAGAAAGUCAUUGAGAAGGAAUGUCCAAAGGAUAAAGCCACUAAAGAAAAGGAAAAGAUCAGUCCAAGAAAAACGGAACCAGAGCGUUCUAUUACAGAAGAGCGCAUUGAUCAACCCAAAGAGUUUAUAAAAAAUUCGGAAGUUUGUGCCAAAAUUCCAGAAGUUAUUGCUCCAAUUCAAACUGUAUCACCAAUUAAAGAAAAACUUCCGGAAAAAGUUGAAAGAAUAGAUCAAGAACAAUCUAUUCCUCAACAGCAUAAUAUGUGGGAAAAGCCUAAAGAUCUUAAGGAUAGUUUGUCGCAAACCAAAGUGGAUGCCCCUCCCCUUGAAAAGAGGGAUGUACCACCAAGUAAUAUUGUGAUGAUGGAAACAGAGCCAUCCACACCUCAGGAGAAAAUGGUGCCUACCACUGAGCAGGAUACAACACAUCUGCAAGCACAUCAAGAAGAAAAACAGCAUUCCCCAGAUAGUGGCAAAACUACUCCACACUUGGAAAAUCCUGGAUCUGUUAAAAGAACACCUCCAUCCCAGCCUGACCUACCUUCAAUGGGUGUUUAUACUCCAGAUUCUACAACUAAUUCUGUACAUUCAUUGCACUAUGGACAAUGCGACCUGGAUGUCAGCCAGCUCGGUUUAGAAUCUCCGACAUCGAUAGCUAGCGAUUUAGCAUCACAGAACAGUGUAGAAAGACCUCCAAGCGCUUUACCAUCUAUGCCUCCGUCCGCUCCAACUUCUAUGUCAGCUUCUGUGCAGAUCACAGCACCUCCGGUUUUGAUAAAUAUUCCACCACAAGUGCAUUACUCUGAUUGUUCAAUGCCUCAACAUACACCACCAGCACAUGUGGCGAUACAUCCUAUGCAUCAACCUCACACACCACAACCAUUGCAGCAGCCACGCACGCCUCAAUCACAUACUCCACAAAGUAUUCCAACGCAAAGUCCCCAACCAAUUCCACAAAGUCAUACACCACAACCUCUUUCUCACACACCACAGCCAAUACCUCAGUCUCAUACGCCGCUAAGUAUACCCAUACAAAGUCCACAGCCUAUGCCACAGAGUCACACUCCUCAACCACUUCCAAUACCACAGUCACACACACCCCAACCGAUGCAGUUGUCUCUGGGUAGUCAACAACAGGCUCAGAAUCAAAGCAUGGCUCACAGCCAAUCACAACAGCAACAGCAAUCAGCACACCAACAACAAUCUCAGACUCAUGGUAGCAAAAGAGCAAGUGGAUCACAGACGCAUAGAUCGAGAUCUACUCAACAAAGAUCUCAUCGAGCCACUCCACCAACUUCCCACUCUCAAAGUUCUCAACAUUCGUCAACACAUGUCAGUCAUAAUACAAUUGCCCAUACGCAUGGUGCACAUCUACCACCUCAGUAUCAGCAGUCUUCCAUGACCGUACCACCUAUGCCUCAUCCACACUCUCAUACACAUGCAGCACAUUCUCAUAACAUGGCUGUUAUUUCGCAAGGAAAUUAUAUGGCUGUGGCUUCACAAGCGUUUCCUACGCAGAAUACAUACGUUAUUCAACAUCGUGGUAGCCGAUCUGGUGCUCCAACACCUUGCACAACGGCCACGAAUUUUUACAUUCAAACAAGUGCAAUGCCACCUCACUCGCACACACCUGCUCCACCAUCAUUGACAGGAUCCAGUAAUCAUCAAACAACGAACUCUUGUAGUUUAGCGAAGUUACAACAAUUGACAAAUGGCUUAGAGAUGAUACCUCCAACUCCUCCACCAGCUAUGAAUUUAACUCCACCUCCACCGAUUCCUCACACUAUGACACCGCCACAGACUUCGCGACAGCUACCUACACCCCCUCAGGUACCCCUGGGUUAUGCUAAAAACUAUUAUAAUGUAAAUACUGCACCCCCUGGUACUCCUGGUCCAUCAAGCAGAUCUGCUUCAAGACCAUCAGCAAAUGCAAACAUGACAUCUUUGAGUCAACCCUAUGCAAGUGAAAGUCUUUAUCGACAGCCAUUGGACCCAAGUAGUACUUGCCCACAAAUGCAGAGUGCUGCUUCUCGUGUUAGUCCUAAUGUUGCAUUAAAUCCAAAUUUAAUGGCAGCGCAGUAUGGCUAUAGAGUUACUCAACCAACGACCGGUUACAUGAACCAAGCUGCACAGCUUGGUGGGUUUAUGAAUCAGGCGAGUCAGUUACCAGUAGGCGUGGUGAACGUGCCUGCACCGUAUUCUCAAGACCCGCACCAACAGAACUCAGCAGCUGUAUACACGACGUAUCAUGGCUACAUAAAUGGGGGCCUUAUGCAACCCCUUAAUGGCACAAUGAGACCACGUUAGCCUUGAUUUUUGACUUCUAACAUUUUGUUGUUAUAAAGAGCCUGUCCCUACAGAAACAGUAUCAAAUAUGUUGUGAUAAUCAAAGUUGAAGAUAGAUUAAAUGCCUAGACUUGAUUCCGGAUUGUCAGCUUGGAAAUUUUAAUAGAUUUAAACUCACAUAGACAACCCACUGUCUCAUUCGGAUUGACUUUAUAGGCGUGUUGAAAUAGAUUUUUUUGCAUAAUCAUGAUUCGUGAGGCUUUAAAGAGUAGUUGAUAUUCACGGAUGAAAUUAGUGUAAUUGUUUAUCUAUCAACUUGGAGUAUCACAUGAUUCGCCGAGGGAGACCCCACGACAGAGUGAAUGCCUAUUUUAAUUAGGGCAUUUUUCUCAAGGUGUUACGUUUGUGUAUCAUAAUAUUUAUAUAUACUUAUGAAUAAUAUUCUGUUUGAUAUUAUCGAUUGUUGAGCAUUGUUGUUUACGUUUCGGGGCACACUGUACUUCAUGUAUCAUAAACUACUUAUUAUUAUUAACACUACACACCAUUAGACACACAUAAUUAUAUUUUAUUCUUAUCACACACUCACUCACAAUCGCUAUCGUAUGUAAUUUCAUUAAUUAAUAUCGCGAGGGCACACUAGUUCCGAAAGGAUUGUGACUGUAUAGUUAGGGCUAUUCUGCAAAUCGUCAUAGCCUGCUAUAGAAAUUAUUUUUUGUAUUAUUGUGAAAAGUCUAUUUCAUAUUUUAAACUUUGAAUGUGUGGUGCUUGUCCAUAUGUUUUAAAUUUGUAUUAUUUCCAUUGAUACUUUGCAGAACAGCUCGACAAAUGUAUUUAUAAUAUACAUUCAAGUUAAUUUUUUCAGACAACGGACAGCGAAAGCAAAUCGCUAAUGUUAGUUUAACUUUAAGUAAUAAGGAAGGUCUUUAAAAUAUAGUGUAAAGAUACAUCAAUAUUUAUUGUACAUAGAUAUAAAAAAUACUAACAAAUAAAACUAAAAUCGUAAAUAGUUUACACAGAGUAUUUCAUGUAUUAGUUCUCAAGUUCUUCGUGACUUGCUCCAUGAUCAAAAUGAAUGAAUAUAUGCCCUGGUUAUUUAGUUUUAA